AUUGGUAAAGAAGGGAAAAUUUAUGCACACUUUCAAUGGUUGCUUUUGUAUUUAUGUGUUGAAGAUACGGAUAGCGAAGACUUUCAGUCGAAGUGUGUUGCUGUUCACAAAUGGAAAAUAAAGGUAAAAUAAUCCUUGGAGCAUUUGUCGCGGUGAUCAUUUUUAUUGGAGCGAUGGUUGGAACGUCUUUACGAAAGCUGAGCACAGAAGAAGGUAGGUCUGAAUGCGUUUGCAAAUAUUACAAAGUGUUUUAGGCAAUGCAGGAAAUAAGUACCUGUCUUCAUAGCAUCCCAGUUUACAUUUUUUCAAUUUUCGUUAAGUAAGAAUCUAUUCAGUUCUUAGCAAAGCCGAAAUUCAAAAUUGAAGAAAAAAAAAGAUUUCACUCUGCAAAAUGCAGAAAAAUUUAUAUGAAGCAUUAUGUGAAAUUACUGCUGAAGACUGAGGUGUAUAUGUGCCACAAUAGUCACACCACGAGAUGUCAUCCACAUACUCAGAAGUUAAAACCACUUAUUUGCCUCGAAUUUCAUACAUAGCUUUCAAAUAUUCGCUUUGACGUUGCUUUUAGUAAUACAUACUGAAUUUGCAUAAAGAGGUUUUAGCUCCGCAAAAAGGCUCGUGCCAUUUUAUUGUUCUUGUUUGAUUACUUUGUGUACGUUAACGCAAUAAUUCUAGAAAAAGCCAACAGUGUUUACAGCUAUCAGAACUAUUUGCCACUGAUUCUUUUCAACUGGACACAUUUAACUUCAAUUGUUGACUUUUAGUAAAAAAUCAUUAGUUUUCAGAAUAAUGGCUAUCAAUUUUGUUUUAUCUUUCAAUUUAAGCUUUCUUUUUAUUCUGCACGACAUCCGUUCACGUUAGCACCUUUUUACAGAUGUACCUCGUUUUAAUUCCAUUUUACCUAUAUGUAUUUGCGAAUAUAACGUUCGUUAGUCUGUUGGUUAAAUACUGGUAACAGCUGAGUUUGGGAUAUAAAAGGUUUUGCUCACUUGCAAAUUCCUUUAAACUAGGAAACUAGUAAUUAGUCCGCGUUUCUUCCUGUUUGAACAGACGCUAGCUGACCUUGCGAUUUCAUUCAUAUUGUAAUAUAUUGUGCAUAACCACUGUUUUGCUGACCUAGCAAACUUAGCUAGCUUUUGUUCCAGUAAUUUUACUUUUUCAAAAAUAGCAACACGUACAAGCUAUAACUAUCUCUUUUAUUUGACUUUCAUUUACUUCUAAGCGAUUCCUGUUUAGAUAUAUAUUGUACUCUUUUGUUUUCAAUAGUUAGUCAUAAUCAUAUAUAAGCAAGUUGCUUUGAACUGAUUUGUCGAUUACAUUGCUCAUUACAUCGCGGAUUUCAGAGCUGAUUACAUUGCCGAUUCCAUUUGUGAGACUUGUGAGCUAAGUUACACUUCGUAUUCAAGAAUAAACGCUGUUGGAACCAAAGUUCAGUUUGCCUUUGCUGUACCAGUUAGUGGUUUGAUCCCGAACCUCAAGAGAAGUGAAGCGAAUUGCCAAUUGAGUUUAGUUUCCCGGUUAAUCGAGAGUUAAAGCGCCGCGUUCCCUUUGAGUGUUCAAAUCGUUCGAAAGUGGAAUCAAAGAAAGACUAUCGUCAACUCGUGGGUACGUUGUUUAGAAAAUAAUCAAUUAGUUAUCACCUCUGGUUUUCCCACAGUGAAUUUUAGGAAAUGAUAGAAAUUCAGAUUAUAAAUAUACUAUCCUUGUUCUGGAAACACAAUACUUUUCUUGCUGUUUAUUGCACUUUAGUAACAGUUAUUUAAGUAUAUAUUUAAAAACAAAAAAACAAAAAAAAGCAAAACAAAUAGGCAAACAAGACAAAACAAAAAAAGAAAAAGAAAGGGAAGAAAGGAAAAGGAAGGUCCUCAGCAGAAUUUGAACCCGUUACCUUCGGGCUGACACGACCUCACAUAGCCACUACGCCAUUGAGGAUGGUCACGUGAUUUGGCGAAAAGUCUCAGUUUAAGAUCCUUUUCCAUGGAACUUCCGCCGGCAAACGACCGGGGCAAACGAUCGAGCCAUACUGAACCGAUUGAAAAAACGACUCGAAGCAAUCGGAUGAAAUUAAGGCUAAUUGAAACCUGGCUACUGACAGUAAAAAAACAAUGUAAACGCAUUUCAUGGCAAUGAAAGAACAUAAGCGAUACAAAGCCGACACAUAUCCUCCGCGAAGUAGGAUGCAAAACAUUAGCUUAUGUUUUCUUAUCUCGAUUUCCGCUGUUAUUUUAAAGGUAAUGCUCAAACUCACAUCCAUUUCCCCCCGUGAUCUUGGGGAGUCCUUAAGAAGAAGAAGAAGAAAAAGAAGUGCCUUUAUUUACCAUACAUUUCACCAGUCCGUAUUUUAUAGUCCGUAUUUUAUACCCAGUCCGCAGUCCGUAGUCCGCAGUCCGUGUUUUAUACUGACCGCCAUAAAUUCAUUCAUACACAUAACCUACUACUACAAGGUAGGAGAUCAAGCCAGCGUCGAAGUUGAAGGAGUCGAAGAGAAAAUGCUCAUCUUCUCGUCAAGUUUAACGCCUGGACGGAUCAAAGGCUUUUGAAUCGUGCUAAUUUGAAAGAUUCCUGCGUGUCUUAAAUUUGGUAAGACCUCUAUCCUAACCGUGCUGUAGCGCACGAUGCACGCUUUCAGCGAGGAAUUUGAUGCUACCGAACUUCGGCGAGCGCGUGCUUCUUUGGAAACGAUAGAUCUUCGCGCUCUCGAGUUCGGACCCGAUUAAUUACGAAGUGCGUCUACUACGAGUGAGCGAGUGACUCAUUUGCAUAUCUCAGUCUCUGCAAUAACUCGUGGUACGCUCGCGCGUACCCACGAGUUAAAAACUGGGUGUCUCGAAAACUAAGACCUAAGACCCCCUCCAAGUCUCGAAACCUAAGAACAAAGACCCCCUCCAAGUCUCGAAACCUAAGAACUAAGACCCCCUCCAAGUCUCGAAACCUAAGAACUAAGACCCCCUCCAAGUCUCGAAACCUAAGAACAAAGACCCCCUCCAAGUCUCGAAACCUAAGAACUAAGACCCCCUCCAAGUCUCGAAACCUAAGAACUAAGACCCCUUCCAAAUCUCGAAAACGAAGACUUAAACCGAAAAUUUCAGCUAAUUUUACAACGGUUAAAACACAAGGGAAGGAAACGUUUCGUAGGAAUGCCCACUUUGAACUACAAAACGAAGACGAAAUCAAAGUCACGCGAACAUGAUGUGUCGCGACUCACAUAACAAAACAUUGACAAAAAAGGCCCGUGAGAACUGUUUAUUGGAUGUUUUUAAACUGUGUCAAUCCAAGUGUCACGGUUUUAAAUUGCCAUAGACAAGAGAUAACCGGAAAUGUCACGCGAGCGAUCAUAAAAACGAGUCGAUAAAAGAAGUUCUACUGUUCUUGUUUUGCACGGUCAAAGAUGUCUCCAAUAAAUAUAUCCAUAAAUACAUAGAUGAAUAAAUAAUUAAAUGACAGAAAAGGAUCACGAGAUGGAGGUCUAGUGUGUCACGUGAGAGGUAGCAAAAUUUUGAAUUCAUGCUAAGCCUGGGCCCCCCGAGAUGCUAAACGACCUUUGUAACAACAAACCAAUUCUUGUAAGAAUUUUGGAUGGAAAGCACACGCCUCGAUAUUACAAAGAUUGAGUUCCAUUGAGGUAGACUUGUUGCUCCUUGGUCCCGAGUGAUCUCCUGCCUGUAUUACCCAAAGGUCGACUUGUAUGACCCUCCUACGUAAGCAAAUGUAUGCAAAGGACAUCGACAGGAUAAUCUCCUGCCAGAAUUUAAUUCUGACCGGGAAAUUACCUAUCACUUGCUUAUGUAGCUCCUGGUAGAUCAUCUCUUCAGUUUUGAGGAAACGGAAAUCUGACAAGGAAAGUAUCGUUAACAUACCGCGCUUUGAUUGUCAUGGUCUGGCAGUUAAAGAGCGGCUCGGAUAAGGUUCUUUUGGCGAUGUCUACACCGUGGAUUAUGAAGCUCCAGGAAAGGUUGCCUAAACAGUGGUUGUGAAGAAAAUUUUACAGACUCUGGACCAAGACGAGAAGAAACUCCUCUACAAAGAAGUAGCUCUUUUUAACGGAUACGCUGGGUUCCAGAGGAUAUGUUUUUCUUAUCGAUGCUGAUGAUUCGCGGCGAAGCCGCGUCAAUGUAGGAAUGCCCGCUUUGCACUGUGACACACACACACACCUUUCAUCUUCACAAUAUUGGGAUGGUUCAGUUCGUUAAGUACCCUGGCUCCAGAGGUCCGUUCUCAAAAUACCUAAUAUGAAAUAAACCGUGCUUACGGUUUGAUAAGGUUCCCGAGACGUACUCAGUUACUUCAAACUCUAGUGGGGGAAAAAAGAGUUAGAUUGAAGGCUCUUUUUUCCACUGAUAAACUCAGCAUAACAUGCAACGGCAGAAACGUGAACUAGGUCACGAUCAAUACUUGUGCAAAGUAAGUUGUUAAGUCAGUGCAAGCGAGAAUGAGCAAGAUCAUUCUCCCUCAUCUCGUGUUGACUCAAACAAAGAUUGAAAGAUUUAGUAGUUUGGAGGAAAACCGUCAGAAUCGUGUGAUACAAGACCGUCUCCGCCGUGUCCUUUUUUCUAGGUAAAAUAUUUUGUCGCAUUUUAUACAUACGGAGUCUCCAUCCUUUUUAAAACGGUUUCUAUGCGUGUAACUUGCCUUAGGGUAACACGAAUACCACAGUGAAGUUAUCUUGUCGAUCACAUUCGCAAGAUAAUCGUAAUAAAUAAAAUGAUGAGACAUUUCAUAUCCUUCAAUCAAAUUUGCAAAAUGAAACCAUCUGUUGGCAGUUUCCAGCAGGAGAAGUGCAUAGCUUACACUGUUCUUUCUUUAUAAGUAAUGGCAAGAAAAUAUAUAUUUCAUACAGGAAUAUUAUUAUUUAGUUUAUUAAACUCUUAACUGACAAUCGCUAAAAUACUCUGUCACAACAGUUGGUAUGGCCUACAAUAUCCAUCAAAAGGAACUUUCCUCAGAGGUGAAAAGAGAGGGUCUUCACGCUGGUGCUCCUGGGUAUCGCUUUAUCAUCUUCCCCAGUGUGUUCCAGAGCAUUACAUACUCAGAUAUUGAGUGUCUUAACAAGGAAGGCAUAGAGAUUGAACUGGAUGUGCAACUGCAGUACCGUGCGCGCCCUAAUGAUUUAAGACAGAUUAUUCUGCAAUUCAAAGACAAGGAAGACUACCUGGAGGUUCUAAAGUAAGUACACGACCUUAUUGACUUAAUUUUUCAUAAGUUGCAUAUAUAGACAAGAUGGCGUGUAGUAGAAAGCACGUUAAAGACAUUUUUGGUUCGGUCAGCGUGACUUCUACCCUUCUGUAAUUUCCAGCAACAGAAAAGGAUUUCUGGUCUGCAUGAUCUCUCUAUAGCCAAGGUAACUGAGACAGAAACACUUCUUUUGAUUAAAAUAUCCGAGUUUGAGGUCUGUGCUGUAAAUAAUGCAUUGAAAUCGCUGGAGAAGACGAGGAUGCAACUUCGUGAAAACAAGUUAAUAACGGUAUAUUAAGUGAUUUUUUGCCGUAACAGACUCUUGUCAUUUCGCCAUUUCGUACUUUCAGAGUUGUUGGAGAGUCAGCCAUUCACGACGCAUGCAGUGCAUUUAACACCAGUCAACUCCAGUCUCAACGCGCUUCUUUUCAAGACCUCGUUCGCAAGACCCUGGGUCGGAGAUUUGGCACUCUAUGGGGGGAUGUGACAGAUCUUCAGGUACCAACGUCUUAAACUCGUAUAAUUUUUGGAACCACCCCCUACCCGAACUGACACUCUAAAGCUAAUCUGCAACCUUUUCUCAGGCUAAUAAAGGUAUAGUACUUUAUGCUCAUUCCGGAAAAAUGAGUGGGAAAAUUGUUGCUACAUUUUAAAGUAAAGCAGGGUUUUGUAUCGUAAAGAACAACUCUUUCACCAAAUAACCCAAUACUAGCUCAGAAACUGAAGAAAAUGACCGUCAACAUUUGACUGAAAGGUUUCUAUUCACGUUAGGUUCAAAAUAUCAAGCGCCCAGACACUUACGAGAAAGUAAUCCGCCAGAAAGAAGCAGCCAAAGAAAACAUCAAAAUUGCCGAAAAUGAGCGCCCACGACAAGUAGUGCAAGCUAAGGCUGAGAAAGAGGAAGCUGUAACACAAGCAAAGAUAACUGUUCAACGGGCAGAGUCUGAGGCGAGAGUGAUUCUAUCCAAAGCACAGGCCGAGGCUGAUAGUAUCAAAGCAGCUUUCGAUGCAGAGGCUCAAGCUUUCUUAAAGCUGAAAACAGACAGCUUUAACAACAGUGUGGAUGGGUUGCUGUCUUAUCUUGGUGUUCGUCUAAUCGCUGAGAGCAACAAUACGGUUAAUUUAGCGAUUGAUGCACCAGCUAAGACAAGGUAUACAUACACGUAG